AUGGAAGAAAGAAUUGAUAUUAGAGAGAAAGAGCGGUGUUAUCAGUUAUCACAAGGUCAUUCAAGCCCUCAGUUAGACCCUUUGAGAAAAAGCCCAACCAUGGAACAAGCAGUACAGACCGCCUCGGCCCACUUACCUGCUCCAGCACCUGUUGGGAGAAAGAGCCCUGUAUCAACCAGGCCUUUGCCAUCUACCAGCCAAAAAGCAAUAGAGAAUCAAGAGCACAGGCGAGUUGAAGUGCAUAAAAUUCCAAGGCCAGAAAAUGAGCAACUUAGAAAUGAAAGCAAGAAACAAGUAGUUCCAGGUGCUCCUUCAGCUCCAAGGAGAGGCCGUGGGGGUCAUCGAGGUGGCAGGGGAAGAUCUGGUAUUCGGAGAGAUGGGCCAAUGAAAUUUGAGAAAGACUUUGACUUUGAAAGUGCAAAUGCACAAUUUAACGAAGAAAUUGACAGAGAGUUCCAUAAUAAACUUCAAUUAAAAGGAGAUAAACUUGAGAAGCAGGAGAAACCUGUGAAUGGUGAAGACAAAGGAGACUCAGGAGUGGAUACCAAAAACAGUGCAGGAAAUGCUGAUGAGGAAGAUCCAUUUAGACCUAAUUGCUACUAUGACAAAACGAAAUCCUUCUUUGAUAAUAUUUCAUGUGAUGAUAACAGAGAACAGAAACCAACAUGGGCUGAAGAAAGAAGAUUAAAUGCUGAGACGUUUGGAAUCCCACUACGUCCAAACCGUGGCCGUGGCGGCUACCGAGGCCGAGGAGGUCUUGGCUUCCGUGGAGGCAGAGGGCGUAGAAAUGGAAGGGGUGGCACCUUCGCCAGCCCUCGAGGGUUUCGUGGUGGAUUCAGAGGAGGUCGUGGGGGCCGAGAGUUUGCAGAUUUUGAAUAUAGGAAAACCACAGCUUUUGGGCCCUAA